ACCAUAAUUAUUUUAACUUGCAAUUGUUAUAAAUAGGUUAAUUACAACAAUAAAGAAUAAAAUAAGAUAGGUUAUUAGACUAUCUUAUAUAUAUAUGAAUAAAUUAUUACAUGUCUAUUUCAAUGCCUACUUCAAGUAUUUCAGAAAAAAAUAAGUUGGCAGCUCAAAUUAACGAUGAUAGCUCAACCAUAUCAAUAGUUGCAAACUCUGACUAUUCACCAGAUAAUUCUGCUUUUCAAUCGUAUAGAUAUUCUAUUGAUAAAGUGGCUAAAGUUUUCAACACAAAUAUUCAAGAUGGUUUACAUGUUGGAGAAAUUGAUUCAAGAUUAGACCAAUAUGGUCGUAAUUCUUUGGGAGAUGGAGAUAAAAUUUCUUAUACUAAAAUUCUUGCCCAUCAAGUCUUUAAUGCCAUGAUUUUAGUCUUAAUAAUCUCGAUGGUAAUUGCAUUUGCUAUUAAAGAUUGGAUUUCAGGGGGUGUAAUUGGAUUUGUAGUAUUUAUUAAUAUAGCAGUCGGUUUUAUUCAAGAAUUUAAGGCUGAAAAAACUAUGGGUUCUUUAAGAUCUCUUAGUUCCCCAACUGCAAGAGUCACUAGAAGUGGUGAUGAUAUUAAUAUUUCUGCCGAAGAAGUGGUUCCAGGUGAUCUUGUUUAUAUUAAAGUAGGUGAUACUGUGCCUGCAGAUAUUAGAUUAGUUGAUUCAAUGAAUUUGGAAACUGAUGAAGCUUUAUUAACCGGAGAGUCAUUACCAGUAUCAAAAGAUCAUACACUUGUCUAUAAUAAUGAUGGACAGCCAAUUCCAGUUGGUGAUAGAUUAAACUUAGCCUAUGCUUCUUCAAUUGUAUCAAAAGGAAGAGGAACAGGUAUUGUAAUAGGUACCGGUUUAAAUACAGAAAUCGGUAAGAUUGCAAAAUCUUUAAAAACUGAUACUGGAUUAAUUAGAAAAGUUGAUAAGUCAAACAAUAGAAAACCUAAAAAGGUAGAAUAUCCUAGAGCUUUCUUUGGUACAAUUAAAGACAUUAUUGGUAAUAUUUUAGGUAUAACUGUUGGUACACCUUUACAAAGAAAAUUGUCCUGGUUAGCAAUUUUCUUGUUCUGUGUAGCUGUUAUUUUUGCUAUUAUUGUGAUGGGUUCUCAGAAGAUGCAAGUCAAUAAAGAAGUUGCAAUUUAUGCUAUUUGUGUUGCCUUAUCUAUGAUUCCUUCUGCUUUAAUUGUUGUCUUGACCAUUACUAUGGCUGUAGGAGCCCAAGUUAUGGUUUUGAAGCACGUAAUUGUUAGAAAAUUAGAUUCUUUAGAAGCCUUGGGAGGUAUAAAUGAUAUUUGUUCUGAUAAAACUGGUACUUUGACUCAAGGAAAAAUGAUUGCAAAAAAAGUCUGGUUACCAACCAUUGGUACUCUUGAAGUACAAAACGCUGAAGAACCAUUUAAUCCAGCAGUUGGUGAGGUCAGAUAUGCAAAAUGUAGUCCACAAUUCAUUAGGGAUACAGAUGAAGAAAUCGAUUUUAGUUUACCUUAUCCUAAUAAUCCAAAGCCUAAGAAUUUUCAUAAUUGGUUGAUGACAGCAACUUUAGCUAAUAUAGCUACAGUUAAUCAAUCCAAAGAUGAAGAAACUAAUGAGUUAGUGUGGAAGGCCCAUGGUGAUGCUACUGAAAUUGCUAUUCAAGUCUUCACUACUAGAUUACAAUACGGUAGGGACUCUUUGGAGGGCAAUUAUGACCAUAUAAAUGAAUUCCCAUUUGACUCUUCUAUUAAGAGAAUGUCUUCGGUGUAUAAAGAUAAAUCUAGUGGCGAAACUAGAGUUUAUUCAAAAGGUGCAGUUGAAAGAUUGUUAAGUUGUUGUACUCAAUGGUACGGUAAUGAUGAUCUGUCAGAGAAAUUGUAUGAUUCUCAAGAAACUAUUGAAUUAACUGAAAGUGAUAUUGAACUUAUUGAAGAUAAUAUGCGCGCUUUAUCAUCUCAAGGACUUAGAGUUCUAGCUUUUGCUACUAAGGAUGUCACUAAUAUCGGAAUAGAUUUAAAUAAUAGAGAAGAAAUUGAAAGUAAUUUGAUAUUCCAAGGUUUGAUUGGUAUUUAUGAUCCACCUAGAAAUGAAACUGCACCUUCAGUUAAAUUAUGUCAUAGAGCUGGUAUUAAUGUCCGUAUGUUAACUGGUGAUCAUCCAGGAACUGCUAAAGCAAUUGCACAAGAAGUUGGUAUUUUACCUCAUAAUUUAUACCAUUACAGUCAAGAGGUCGUUAAAGUUAUGGUUAUGACCGCUAAUGAAUUCGAUGCCUUAUCAGAUGAAGAAAUCGAUAAUUUACCAGUUUUACCUUUGGUAAUUGCUAGAUGUGCUCCACAAACUAAGGUUAGAAUGAUUGAUGCUUUACAUCGUCGUGAAAAGUUUGUUGCUAUGACUGGUGAUGGUGUUAAUGACUCUCCUUCAUUGAAGAAAGCUGAUGUUGGAAUUGCUAUGGGUCUUAACGGUUCCGAUGUUGCUAAGGAUGCUUCAGAUAUUGUUUUGACUGACGACAAUUUUGCAUCCAUUCUCAAUGCCGUGGAAGAAGGUAGAAGGAUGUCAGCCAACAUUCAAAAAUUCGUUUUGCAAUUAUUAGCAGAAAACGUUGCUCAAGCCCUUUAUUUAAUGAUUGGUUUAGCAUUUAUUGAUGAAUCUGGUUUCUCUGUUUUUCCAUUAUCUCCAGUUGAAGUUUUAUGGAUUUUAGUUGUUACUUCGUGUUUUCCUGCUAUGGGUUUAGGUCGUGAAAAGGCUGCAGAUGAUGUCUUAGAACAAAAGCCUAACAAUACUAUCUUCACUUGGGAAGUCAUAUAUGAUAUGUUUGCAUAUGGUAUCUGGAUGGCAGCAUGUUGCUUGGCUUGUUUCUGUAUUAUUGUUUAUGGCAGAGGUGACGGAUAUUUGGGAGUCAAUUGUAAUGCUACUAAUUCAAGUAGUGACACUUGUGACUUGGUCUUCAGAGGAAGAUCUGCAUCUUUUGCUACAAUGACUUGGUGUGCUUUACUUUUAGCAUGGGAAUGUAUUCAUCCAACAAACUCUUUGUUCUAUAUGAGACAAGACACUGAUAAUCCAUGGUGGAAACAAACAGCUAUUGACUUACAUGAGAAUAGAUUUUUAUUUUAUUCGGUUAUUGGUGGAUUUGUUAGUGUUUUCCCAGUUGUUUACAUCCCAGUAAUUAAUACCAAAGUAUUUUUGCAUAAACCCAUUGGUUACGAAUGGGGAGUCGCUUUUGGUUUUACUAUUUUAUUCUUGUUAGGUUCUGAAGCCUGGAAAUGGGCUAAGAGAAUCUUCAAAAGAAAGAGUGCGGGCAAAGCUAAGAAUCCAGAAUAUGAAUUAGAAAGAGCUGAUCCAUUCGAAAGAUAUGCUUCCUUUUCAAGAUCCAAUACCAUGGAUAAAGCAAACCUUAUGGCUUGAGUGCUCUUGUGUUUUUAUUUCUUUUAAUAAAUUCUUUUUAUUUCAUACAUAAUUACAUACACAAAUUAUUUUUGCAUCCACAUUGAUAUUUAUAUACACAUAAAUUUUUUUUAAUAAUAAAUAUUAC